AUGAACUCUCUGAACCAACAGUAUGAGGAGAAGGUGCGUCCCUGCAUUGAUCUCAUUGACCGUCUUCGUUCUCUGGGUGUAGACCAGGACCUGGGGUUACCUGCUAUCGCUGUUAUUGGAGACCAAAGCUCGGGGAAGAGCUCUGUGUUAGAGGCGCUGUCAGGGGUGGAUUUGCCUAAAGGAAGUGGCAUUGUGACAAGAUGUCCUCUUGAACUGAAGAUGAAGAAAAAGAAAGAGGGAGAGAAGUGGUGUGGAAAGAUACGCUACAGGGGCCAUGAGGAAGAAAUAAAAUGCCCUGCUGAUGUGGACAAAAAGAUUAGAGAAGCUCAAAAUACAAUGGCCGGUAGCGGGGCGGGAAUCAGUAAUGCCCUCAUCAGUCUGGAGAUCGCCUCUCCUGAUGUUCCAGACCUGACUCUCAUUGACCUGCCUGGCAUCACCAGAGUGGCUGUAGAGGGACAACCAGAGGACAUUGGAGAUCGGAUAAAGUUAAUGAUCCAGACGUACAUCAAAAGACAAGAGACCAUCAGCUUGGUGGUUGUUCCAUGCAACGUGGACAUAGCAACCACAGAGGCCUUGAAGAUGGCACAGCAAGUGGAUCCUGAUGGAGAGAGGACUUUGGGUAUCUUGACCAAACCUGAUCUGGUGGACAAAGGCACAGAAGACACAGUGGUUAACACUGUUCAUAAUCUGGUCAUCCACCUGAAGAAGGGAUACAUGGUUGUCAAGUGCAGAGGUCAGAGGGAAAUCAAACAGAAGGUGUCUCUUACUGAAGCAAUAAAAAGAGAGAAUGCCUUCUUCAAUGAUAAUGUGCAUUUCAAAACCCUCUACGAUGAAGGCUUUGCCACUGUCCCUAAACUGGCUGAGAAACUCACCCUGGAGCUGGUGCAUCAUAUCCAGAAAUCUCUGCCUCGACUGGGAGAACAGAUAAAGGAGAAACUAAAACACACUCAUGCACAACUGGAGAAAUAUGGGGACGGACCUCCAUCUGAUGCAGCUGAGAGAUUCACUUUCCUCAUUGAUAGAGUGACAGCGUUUACACAUGACGCUAUCAACCUCACCACAGGGGAGGAGCUCAAAUUCGGAGCCAAUAUCUUCUCCAUACUCAGAAAAGAGUUUACCAGUUGGAAAGAUACAAUAGACAACUCUGGAGUAACAUUCAACUGGAACAUUGAGAGAGAGGUAGCUCAGUAUGAACGAAAGUACCGUGGUAGAGAACUGCCAGGAUUCAUCAACUACAAGACCUUUGAGGGCAUGAUCCAGCAGCACAUCAAACAACUUGAAGAACCUGCUGUCCAGAAACUCAAGCAAGUGGCAGAACUUGUGAAGAAAGAGCUGUUUAACCUGGCACAGUGCAGCUUUGUUGGGUUUCCUAACCUCAUCACAAUUGCUAAGUUGAAAAUUGAAGCCAUCGUAAAUGAGAGGGAGAUUGAAGCAGAGUACAUGCUGAGGACUCAGUUUGAAAUGGAGUUGAUCGUCUACACUCAGGACAGCACGUACAGCAAGAAGUUGGGGAAACGGAAGCGAGAAGAAGCCGAACAGGAGAAAUCGUUUGGCCGCCCUCACAGCAGUAAUGAAAAUGGGGCCACCUUGAAAGAGAUGAUGAAACACUUUAAAUCCUAUUACCAGAUUGCUGGUCAACGUCUAGCUGAUCAGAUCCCACUGGUGAUUCGCUACCAGAUGUUGCAGAAGUCUGCUGCACAGCUGCAGAGGGCGAUGAUGCAGAUGCUGCAGGACAAGGAGAAAACCGAGACCCUGCUUCUAGAGGACUUCGGCAUACAAACCACGAGAAGCAACCAUCAGGGUCGCAUUCAUCGGCUCUCUAAGGCACGCAUUUUGCUGACUGAGUUUAGUAUGAACAUAUACAACUUCAACACAACUCCAGUGCAGACUUAAACUUAGAUUUGUAAUUAACGAAGUUGCUGAGCUGCUUAGCCCGUUUAAAUGUACUAAUGAAGAAUCCUUUAUUCCU